AUGCAGAGCUCAGGGCAGGACUUCAGGUACGCCGCCACCUGCCUGCUGCUGCUCCUCUCCGGCGUGGAACUGCGGCCGCACGGAUGGGCCGGGAACAGGCGUCAGCUCGAAACAAUCCAAAGGGGCAUCCUGGACCGGCUGGGGCUGCAGGAGCCCCCCGUGCUCCGGCAGAGGCUGGACCAGGAUGGGGUGAGGAGAGCACGCCAGCUCUACAGGGAGAAACUCAGCCAGCUGAGGGGGAACCGGAGCAGGGCAGAAAGUCAGGUGGCAGCCCCACCCAGGACGCUUCACCUCCUGACUCCAAAGCUGGAGCGCCGGACGGAAGCCUCUGCUGGCAGCUCCUGCUACAAUCUCGUGCUGUCCCGGACCGAGGCCUUCCACCAGGAGCUCAGCGUGAUGAGGGCUGAGCUGAGACUCUUCGAGAAAUCUCUCAGCACUCAGGAUGUCUCCAGACUCAAUGCCUCCUGGCCGUCUCGAGUAGAGAUCUACCAGCUGCCGGAGCCUGGGCAGCGCAACGGGCACCCCAAACUCCUGCGUUCCUACGCCCUUGAUGCCACGACCCUGAGCCUUGACCUGGGGGCCGCUGUCCGGCACUGGGCAGUGAGCGCGGAGCAAAGGCUCCAUCUGCAGCUGGUAUUCGCUGCAGACGUUUCUGCCUUUCUCGCCACCAACCGCACCAGCCAGGGGGCUGAGACGCUGAACCUAGUGGUGGAAACCCAGGAGAACUUGGGCUCCAGGCCAAGGAAAGCCAGGGCGCUAGAGGAGGAAUGCAGAAAGAGUGAUGGGAAAUGUUGCCUCAAGUCCCUCAAAGUGUCUUUCCAAGACAUCGGCUGGUCCGACUGGGUGAUCGCCCCGAACAGCUACUACAUGAAGUUCUGCGAAGGGUCCUGCCCUCACAACUACAAGCCGGCCAGCAUGCAUGCCCAGAUCAAAGCCCGAAUGCACACGCUGUCCAAAGAGACGCCCGCCCCCUGCUGCGUGCCCGCGGGCUAUGACCCCAUGGUGCUCAUGCACUACAACAGCGACGGGAGACUCGUCUCCACGCUCUUCGAGGACAUGAUCGUCACCAAGUGUCACUGUGCCUGAGGGUGCACACGAGCCCCGUUACCAAACGCCUCUGGCCCAGCUAAUCUCAAGGCAGGGCCGAGAGAGGCAGCCACUGACUGUGCUUCUUAGACCUGCCGUCUAUGCAAACUUCCCCUGGGUGCAAUGGCAUGGGCGUGUUUACAGUCAUCCCCUGGCAGCCAAGGCCCACUGCGUUGACCCAGGCCUCUCCAUGCCCCUUCUGCCAGCGGCUAGUUCAGACACGAGAAAACAGGCCUGUUGGCGCCUCCUCUCCCCUCCAUCCUGCUCAGCUUGGAACUGGCUGGAUGUGGCUCAGGGGACACCAGGGUGGCCAGAGUGCCUGCAGCCUUGUUGGGGGCAGCGCAGUCCCCAAGGGCAGGACCCGUCAGUCCCUGUUCCAGCUGCACCAUGGUCCCUUAGCCCCCUCCGCCCUAUGUGCCUGGGGAGGUGGGUUCUUCCCCCCCGGAGGCAGGUUUCCGCAGGGCUGCUCCCUGGGGGCUCGUGCCACCUAACACUCUGAGCAAAAAGUGCACUUUAGUAGGGAUUUAUUUAUACACUCUCCUUAUUUAUUGCUAACUUAUUGGGGUUAGUGCUCCAGAAGGGUCCUGGGUUUGUAUAUUUAUCAGACAUCUCUGUGAUGAUGGAACCAAAUAAACUUCUCAGCGAAAAGGACAGGCCUUGGUGCGCUCCUCUGUCCAUUAGCGGCCCGGGUCCCUUCCGGUUCUGCCACUGCGCCUGGGGCAGAUUCCAGCUCUGCAUAGUAGCCAUCCAGCCUUGCUCUGGGGUGACACUGCCUGAGGCUCAUGCAGCCCUGGACUGUUCUGGGGAGCACUGAUCAGGGCCCCUUGUUUCUUCUGAUGUGGACAGCAGCCUGCUGGGUCCUGGACUCACUCCUCACAGGCCAGGGGAGCAAAUGCUCCAUGUGCUGGGACCAGGCCCUGACCCAUCCAUUCUGCUGAGCAGGGGCAGGCUUGGCCCAGCCACUUACAGAGAGAUGGGCCCCCCCCCCCCACGUCCGAUCACCAAGCCCCCGGCUGCAUCUACAGGAGCACUUCCUGUGAUCCCCACUAGCCCUGGCCCUCCACCAGCCUGCCCCAACCCUCAUCCCAGCAGGUGAGGGGCCAGGGGGCUGAAAGUGCUAAUGCAGAUGGCUCCUUUGCUCUGGGGUUGCUUCCUUCUGGCCAGAGACUCAAACUCCGGAGCAGGUGCCUCGUCCCCUCCUGUACUGGCUGCCCCCUGCCCUGCCCCCUCUGAUCUUGGGCUGAUCCCCUCCCCCAUGGGGAGCUGGUGGAGAUGCCCCUCGGUGGUGGAAUUCCAGCCUCAGUAUAACCACCCUUCCCUGGGCUUCGCUCUGGGCCGCCACCCCCAGCGGACCUGCUGCCUCGGCCCCAGGCGCAAUUCCCACGCCUCCGGCUACCGCGGCUCCUCAGCAGGUGUUUGGCUCUAGAGGUCGUGUUUGCUCAUGAUGAAACCGCUGCA